AUGCAUCGUAUCAACAAAUUCAAGAGCGCAUGGGGGAUAUUGCCGAUCGACCAACGAGACACCGUGUUACCAAGUGCCAACACCAAAGACUCCAAAGACUGUGCACAACAGCAGUCAGUUGUCACGUGCACUAUUAUCAAGGAAACCCCGGAUUCCAAAACCGGCAUUGCCCUCGAGCAACAAGGAAGGAAUGUUUGCAUCAGCCACAUCAUUCCAGGGAGGCUUGCUUCAGGGACUGCUUUGAGACCUGGCAUGAGGCUAGUAUCCGUCAAUGACAUGCAAUGCCAGGGCUGCAGGUUCCAACAAGUCUCUCAAUUACUGAUGGAUGCGGUCGGGACUGUAACCAUUGUAGCAGCGGGGACUCCUGUGUCAAACCAAGUCGAAAAUAACAUGUUGUUCGAGGAAAAGCAAGACGGCAUGAGAAUACCUUCAUUCGUCCUAAGGAGCUGCCAACCGGUUUCUGUAACAGAUUCAUCGACCAGCAACAACAAGAGACGGCAAAGAAUCCAAGCAAGGAGUGCCGCACGUAACAAGCAAGUACUCUGCAAACGAUUCGGCAUUCGAUUGGCAAGUGGCUGUGAUAAUAGUGAUGUCAUGAUUGUCGAAAUCCUCGACAGGUCGCCGUUUUUGCUCGGCAAAAAGACCAGUGCGACGAACGCUGAAGUCAAAGUUGGCAUGACCAUUCUCAGCAUUCAAGGUACUAGCUGCAGAGGCAAAAGUGCAGUGGAAGUGGCCAACCAGCUGGACAUACUAUCGGUGGGCAGUAAGUUCCUUGUGGUCUUGGGUCGAUCCGACGGCACCAUUGUCCGGACAGUGUGGGGAACCGCACAAAAGCGGAACCGUACGAAGAACAAGCACAGGCGAUAG